AUGCGAUUCUCACCCUUCAUCUCAACCAUUGUCUACACCUUCUCCAGCCUCACCCGUCCCCGUGUCGUCUCCGCCGCCGCCUCAUCGGUACAGCAACCGUUCGUCACCCGCCCGCUGCGCGCUUCUAUGCCGAGUAUCCCCUUCCUUGGAGCUCUGUUCGGGUCGUCUUCGCAGGACAAGAUGUCGUAUCCCGAUAAGAGGACCGAUGACGAGUGGAGGGCUGUUUUGAACAAGGAACAAUUCCGCAUCCUCCGCCAAAAGGGCACGGAGGCCCCCGGCUCCGGCACGUUCGACAAGCACUACCCCUCGGAGGGCGUCUACGCCUGCGCGGGGUGCUCGGCGCCGCUGUACAAGGCCAACCACAAGUUCAAGUCGGGCUGCGGGUGGCCGGCGUACUUCGACUCGAUCCCCGGCGCCGUCGUGCGCCACGAGGACCGCACGCUGGGCAUGGCGCGCACCGAGAUCGUGUGCGCUAACUGCGGCGGCCACCUGGGCCACGUAUUCAAGGGCGAGGGCUUCGACACGCCCACCGACGAGAGGCACUGCGUGAACAGCGUCAGCCUGACGUUCUCGGCGGAGGACAAGGGGGAGGGGGCGGCGGAGGGUGGCAAGGUUGAGAGCAAGGCUUGA